AUGUUAAAAAAUACUAGAACUAAUGGAUUGUUGAAGACCAGUUAUAGAGUUUUCGGUUUACAGAAUGUGCAUCCUUUAAAGUUUUAUUCUUCUUCUGCUGCUGCUACUGCCGUUAAAAAAAUAGCAGAUAAUAUUUCUUUGGAGACUCAUACUGAUAUACAAGCUGCUGCUAGAGAACAAGCUGAAGAAAGAUCAUCUGCUGGUAAUGAUUCCGCUUCCAAUGGUGUAGGAGGAUUCACUGCUCCAAAUGCAUUGAAACAUGCUUAUCAAGAAAAUACUGGCUUCGGUACAAGACCAAUUUAUUUAGACAUGCAGGCAACUACUCCUACCGAUCCAAGAGUAUUGGAUACAAUGUUGAAGUUUUAUACUGGUUUAUACGGUAACCCACAUUCAAAUACCCAUGCUUACGGUUGGGAAACAAAUAAAGAAAUUGAAACAGCGAGAGAGCAUGUUGCAAAAUUAAUCAAUGCUGAUCCAAAGGAAAUCGUAUUCACAUCAGGUGCAACAGAAUCUAAUAAUAUGGUUGUUAAAGGUAUAGCAAGAUUUUAUAAAAAGACUAAAAAUCAUAUUAUAACUACAAGAACCGAACAUAAAUGUGUCUUGGAGGCGGCAAGGGCGAUGAUUAAUGAAGGUUUCGAGGUUACAUUUUUAAAUGUUAAUGAAGACGGGUUAAUUGAUUUGGAAGAUUUGAAAAAAAAUAUACGUCCAGAAACAUGCUUAAUAUCAGUCAUGGCUGUAAAUAAUGAAAUUGGUGUAAUGCAACCUAUAAAGGAAAUUGGUGAAAUUUGUAGAAAGAAUAAAAUAUUUUUCCAUACAGAUGCUGCCCAAGCUUAUGGUAAAGUGCCUCUUGAUGUUGACAAAAUGAAUAUAGACUUAAUGUCUAUAUCUUCUCAUAAGAUAUAUGGUCCAAAAGGUAUUGGUGCUCUAUAUGUAAGAAGAAGACCAAGAGUUAGAUUGGAUCCUCUACUAUCAGGUGGUGGUCAAGAAAGAGGUUUGAGAUCAGGUACCUUGGCUCCACCUUUAGUUGCUGGUUUUGGUGAAGCAGCAAGACUGAUGAAACAAGAGUAUGAUGCUGACGUCGCCCAUAUAACAAGAUUGUCUAAAAAAUUAAUGGAUAACUUACUGGCUCUAGAACAUACAACAUUAAAUGGUUCUUCAAAGCAUCGUUAUCCUGGUUGUGUUAAUGUCUCAUUUGCAUAUGUUGAAGGUGAAUCAUUACUUAUGGCACUAAGGGAUAUUGCUUUAUCUUCAGGUUCUGCCUGUACAUCUGCUUCUUUGGAACCAUCAUAUGUGCUACACGCUUUAGGUAAAGACGAUGCCUUAGCACACUCCUCGAUUAGAUUUGGUAUUGGUAGAUUCACUACUGAAGAUGAGGUUGAUUAUGUCAUCAAGGCCAUCGUAGAAAGGGUUAAAUAUUUAAGGGAACUAUCACCACUUUGGGAAAUGGUACAGGAAGGUAUCGAUUUAAAUUCAAUUAAAUGGUCAGGGCAUUAA